AUGGCUCCGAAACGUCCCACGAAGCAGAAAGGAGAGAGCCGAAUGGAUGCAGCCCUCGACGCCAUGCAUCUCUAUGGCUUCCCCAGAAAACUCGUCCGAACAACCGUUCAAAGCCUCCUCAAAGUUUACGGUGGCAACGAAGGUUGGGUCUUCAUUGAAGACUCCGGUUACACUCUCCUCAUCGAUACUCUUCUUGAAAACCAAGUCAAUCCUUCGCCUCAGGUUGGUUUGAUAGAGGCAAAUCCGGGAGAUGAUCCCAAUGAGGUAACACCUGCCGGAUGCUCGAACAAAGCCAUUCUAGCAUGCUGUGAGGCACAAACUUCUGACAACGACGAUACACUCUUAACUAAUCAGGCCCUGGACACUGUAUUGGCAUCCAGUGAAACUGGUUCUCAACUUCUCAUCAAGGGUGUGGAUACAAAACCCACAACAAGAGAACUUGAAAAAAAAUGCGGUUCUCAACUUCCCAUCAAGGAUGAGGAUACCAUAUCCACAACAAGGAAAAUUGGUACUGCGCUUCCCUUUCAGUCUGUAGACAUUUCAUCAGUAAAUGGAGGACCUGUUAAUAAACUUUUAAUCAGGGCUGCAAGUGAAACUUUCAUCAAGGCUGCUAGUAUAUCUGCAGAAAGAAAAACUGAGUGUCAGCCACCACGAAGUUUGGCUUUGCGGGAAAAUCAUGGACCAAAGUCCCCAGAACUUGUGACGAGACUUAAUCACAAAAGACGUAAACCUUGCUAUGGCUGGAUUUCUGAUGACGAGGAGGAGGAAGAAAAUCUAACAAAGCUUAAACAUACACCACCGUUGUGA